UGGAAGGCAAAAUUGGCAGCCCACUCAGCACACUCGCAUGUGUUCUGUCCAUUUUCAAGCUGGUUGCUUUCAGAAAAAGCAGCAGAAAAUGUAUUUGGCAAAUUAUUCAAUACCAACAUUAGCCGUUCAUGAUGUACCAGUUCAUUGUGACAAAGCUUCAUCUAGCGAAACUACCGAAGUUUUACCCAUGGAAUGCGAUAUUCAAGCAUCAAAUAAUCUAGCAGACACGAUGACACCAAGAAAGUUAAAGCUGACAGUGAAUUUACAAAGAAGAACGUUAAUAGCUGAAAACCGCAAGAAAAAAAUAACCGCAUUGAGAUCAAAGACUCGAAGACUUGUAAAAAAAAUGCAGAAUUGACUGAUAUUAUAGAAAAUUUAAAAACAAAGCGAUUCAUCAACCAGGAAGCAGCGGAUUUACUUUCUGUGCUUAAUAAUGCCUCGGACUUCAUUACGCCAAACAAAAGUAAAUUUUCACCCGAAGUGCGAAAAGCUUUAAAUCUUCAUUUCAUCAGUCCACGCGCCUAUAAUUAUGUGCGCCAGCAUUUUAAAACUUGCCUGCCCCAUACACGUACAUUAGUACGUUGGUAUUCAACUGUAGAUGGUGAACCAGGACUUUCAUCUGAAGCUCUUCAAACUAUAGAAAAAAUUGCAAAAAAUAAUAUUUCGAAAAAACUGUUAUGCAGUUUGUGCUUUGAUGAAAUGGCAAUAAGAAAAUGUGUAGAGUGGCUGGUAGGGCAAAAAAAA